AUGCAUCUUUUUUUUUUUUUUUUUCCCCAUCUUCCCUCCCUGUAUAUGGAUGCAUGUAUGUAUAUGGAUGCAUGUAUGUAUGUGGAUGCAUGUAUGUAUGUGGAUGCAUGUAUGUAUAUGGAUGCAUGUAUGUAUAUGGAUGCAUGUAUGUAUAUGGAUGCAUGUAUGUAUAUGGAUGCAUGUAUGUAUAUGGAUGCAUGUAUGUAUAUGGAUGCAUGUAUGUAUAUGGAUGCAUGUAUGUAUAUGGAUGCAUUUUGGUGUUUUUGCAUGGAUGAGCGUUUCAGGGAUUGGGAGGUGAAUUAUUCACUGGUUUUUUGUUUUUUUUUUUAG